GUUCGUCUGUCUCAGGCGCCGAGUCGGUCAGUUGUAUUUUGGAUUUCGCCCUUUCCAAAAACAGGAAUCAUGUUCGGGUGAGGAAAGCUGUUGCUUUCGCAUCACCUCAGUGGCGGGUCAGGGGAGAGCCGGUGUCAGGGAAUCAGGCGGGCAGGAGGAAGAAGAGAUACCUGCAAUGAGAAGAGUGUCAGAGGGUCAGGGAUGGCAUCCACUCAACAGACCCGAACCAGAGAGGAAGGAGAGGACGGCGAGGACGGGUCUCUGCAUAAAAUGCUGACAGCGAUAGAGGAGGAGAGGAUCAGAGCGAGCCUCAGGCAGGAGAUGAGCGGGCUGGGCUGCUUCAAAGAUGAUCGGAUUGUCUUCUGGACUUGGAUGUUUUCGACGUACUUCAUGGAGAAGUGGGCCCCAAGACAGGAUGACAUGUUAUUCUAUGUUCGUCGAAAGUUGACCUUUGCUGGUCCAGACAGCAGUGAUGGGAAGCAGGUUGAAGUUGAAGUUUACCGCAGAGAUUCCAAGAAACUGCCUGGUCUCGGUGACCCAGACAUUGACUGGGAGGAGAGUGUUUACCUGAACCUUGUUCUGCAGAAGCUGGAAUACGUAGUGACGUGUGCUGUGUGCACACGCGCCGAUGGAGGAGAUAUUCACAUCCAUAAGAAGAAAUCCCAGCAAGUAUUUGCUUCCCCAAGCAAGCACCCAAUGGAUAGUAAAGGAGAGGAAUCCAAAAUCAGUUAUCCAAACAUCUUCUUCAUGAUUGACAGUUUUGAAGAGGUGUUCAGUGACAUGUCUGUGGGAGAAGGAGAAAUGGUCUGUGUGGAGCUGGUUGCUAGUGAUAAACACAACACGUUUCAGGGCGUGAUCUUCCAGGGGUCCAUAAGAUAUGAAGCACUGAAGAAGGUGUACGAUAACCGGGUCAGUGUGGCUGCUAAGAUGGCCCAGAAGAUGUCCUUUGGAUUUUAUAAAUAUAACAACAUGGAAUUUGUCCGGAUGAAGGGCCCCCAGGGAAAGGGGCAUGCUGAAAUGGCAGUGAGCCGUGUAGCAACUGGGGACACGUCGCCCUAUGGUACAGAGGAGGGCUCUGAGCCAGGAUCACCCCUGCAUGAACAAGGCGAUGCUUCUCCUUCCUGCAGUGCAUUUUGGGUGACUUCCUUCAGCACCCCUCCAACCCCUGAACGCAACAACAGACCGUCCUUUUUCUCGCCUUCAUUACGCAGAAAAACACCUAAAAAUAGAAUGGCAGAAAUGAAGAAAUCUCAUUCAGCCAAUGACAGUGAGGAGUUCUUCAGACAUGGCUCAGACAACGGAGACUCAGAAGACAUGCAUGGUGUAUCCAACCUACGAUCUCGCUCUUUGUCAGGGACUGGAAGGUCCUUGGUUGGGUCCUGGCUAAAGCUGAACCGAACAGAAGAAAAUUUUCUACUCUAUGCACACCUCACCUAUGUCACGUUACCAAUGCAUCGCAUUACAACAGAUAUUUUAGAAAUCCGCCAGAAACCAAUCCUGAUGACAUAGCAGAGAGAAGGCACUGCCUUACAAACUCGCAGCUAAGUGCCUCAUUGCAACUGGAUUCUUGACGACGCUACCACCUAGUGUUGGGAUGGAAGGGAAGUUUAUUAGAAUACCAGCCAAUCAAAGUGCCUCCUUCACCUGCCCACAGGACGUUACCAGUGUUCAUUUAGCAAUCACACUGUGUUUGUGUUUUGAUCAGAGUCCAGUUAGGAGCUGCUGCUUAAUUAAUAACCAAUGCAGAAUGCUUCAUGAAUAGUCUCUGAAGGCAACUGCUUUGUAACCAAGAACACCAGGAAAGGAAAACAAAGAGGGAAUUAUCUGCUGAAAUUUAUAUUAAACAAAAGACAUUAAAUUAAAUCUUAAAAGAACUGUGUUCAAUAGGUAGAGGACAAUUUUCUUCCCAUACCCUAUCCUUUGUCAAAUCACCAUUUGAAUAAUGUGCUUCUAUCAGUGAUGUCGUAGGGUAACACUUGAAUUUUUUUUAUAACUGGGGCAGAGGUAACAAAAGACAUGGAACCACUGUGACCACACAGUGUUAUCAACGUUUGCAGAGUCUAUGAAUCAACAGGAUUUGUUAGGGAGAGGGGGAAGUGGCUGCCCUUUUCUUUAAAGAAAAGACUGCUUUUGUUGAUCUUGUCAAAGGCAAUCAUAUUCAAAGGGAAACAUAUGCUUAGGAAAUGUAGAGUGUUCUCAUAAACCCCAGGGAGUCAGAAUGUUGGUUGUUAAUUGGACCCUUACAUUUGGGUGUGAACUAGUUUUGCAGAAACUGUGUAUAAAUUAACGUUAUUGCAAAAUCCCUUUUCUAGGAAUAUUUGUACACAAAGGGGUAAAAUUUUGUUUCUUUUACUAAUUCAUAACUGUUUAAGAUAGGAUUUUGCUGGCAUAUUCUCAAAGAUGGUGUGACUUUAAUUCAGUCUCGCGUACAAUGAGAUGUCUCUCAGUAUGGGAGCUCAGCAGUGCAUCCAUAGGUUGUCCCAGUAGCAAUCCUUGGAGAGUGGUUAAGUAAUGGAUGUUGAGACCCUUAACACAAACUGGCCCAAAACAUAAAUGAAUUUUCGUGAGGCAAAAGGGAAUCUUCCUUUCCCUCAGUUGAUGCUUAUUUUCACAUAUGUAGCUGGGGAUUAAAGAUUUUAGCAAUUUCUUUCAAAUUGUCCUUAUCUUGAUGAAGCAAAACUGGAAUAAGGAAGCUGCAGCCAUUUAAUGAAUUGUUCAUCAGAUCCUCUGUACCAAGUCUCAUUUUUAUUUUAGAGCUUCACUACUUCUACCAUUCAGGAAGCAUGACUGAUAGCAGAUUUUGUUCUGACCUCUCCCUGUUCUUUUCAGGAGCCAGCUUAGUCUCCUUUCCUUUCCUGAGUUGGUUAUGUUUGCUGAUAAGUUAAAAAUAUUUGCGUAGCACCUUUUCUGCAGUUCCUGCAUUCUGCUGCUUUCAUUAUAGGCCAGGAACAGAAUAGGGGUAUGGCUCUGACUUCAUGGUGGUUUUUUUGAAAAGGAAAAUUAAAAGUGCAAUAACAUUAUUAACCAUUAUCUCCAUUUCAUAAAACACUGAAGUCAUUGGACGAACAAAUUAACUUUUAAGUUUUAUUAGCAAAUGGACUUUAACAUAUGGCUUUCAUUUUUGGUACCAUUUGAAUGCAUCCCUGAAAUUGAACAGGUGUACAUUCUGUCCGUCGUAAAGUGGAAACAGAAUGAACACGGCUAACAUUGGACCUGUUCCAUUCUGACCUUCUGAUAGAAAAUUUGGCAUGAAGGCAACUACAACAGGAGUAGCUACAGUGAAACUAUACCAACUUCCACAAGUGUGUGAAAAAUCAGGAUUUUGUAAGGGAAUAUUCAGUGUACAUAUAAAUAACAUCAUUUGUUGCUUUAUCCCAAAACAACUAUUUGAAUUUUUGAUAUUUUGUGCAUUUCUCUUUUAAAAAGAGUUUAUUGUAUAUUUUCAUUUAGUUAGCUUAAAAGCUUUAUUCUUUUAUGCUAAUGGACAUUACAGUAAUAGUGAUUGGAGCACCUACCACUUGUAUGUUUUUUUUAAAAGUGGCAACAGGAUUAGUAUAAUGUGGAACGAACAGGAGGUCCAAAUAUUUGCUUUUCUUUGGAGAAGGGGAGAGGAGCAGAACCACCAUUAUAUAAUGGCUGAAUUCCAAAUUCAUUGGCUCAUUGUUAUAUUUAUUGGAGAGAGCUCAGUGGUUAUAGGUUUUUUAAAUUUUAAACAAAAAUGGUAGGGUAAAUAUAUUUAGCUCUGAUCUGGAAUCUGAAUCCAUGGAAUGCAACUAAAACUUCAUUUAUUGAUUGUUCUGGUGGUCAGUGAUUCACCAUUGUGAAUCUGGUGCUCAGAAAUUGUAGUAGAUUUUGUGCUUCACCGUGGAACAGUGAUAAAGCAUAUUUCCUGUUUGUUGCUGUGUACAGAUGUCCCUGCAUGCUUUGCUGAACGAGUCACUGAUUUGUUUUGCAGCACAGCCUUUUAUUGGGGUUAUCACACUGACAAAACCAGCCACUUUUUCCCCCAAUAUUGCCUAUUUUCUAGCAGUACAACAUUUGAUUGUGGUAAGAGCAGUCUUCCAAUCAUAUUCUAUGUCCUUGGUUUGCUUUAGUGCACUGCUGUCUGUAAUGGUAAUGAUUGAUGAUAGCUCACAGUAGGGGACAGAGGUGAAGAGAUAGAUGUGAUUAAUUCAGUACAUAUUCCACAAACAUCAUUUUCUGAACUCAGAAAAUGGCCAGCUAAAGAAUCUGUGGUUCAAACCACUCUGGAUUGUUGGCACAAGGAAAAAGUAUGACUAUGUAAAAAAAAACUGAAGGAAAUAAUAACGACUAGCAGAAUUGUUCAAAACAUUUUGUUCCAAUAUUUCAGCAUCUUAUUGGUUUGUAUUGUGCAAGGUUUAAGCACACAAGCCCCCCAAUACAAGUAUUCCAAGUAUUUUCUUGGAAAAUCUUCAUUUUCUAUACAAUGCUCCUGUAUUCCCUUCCAGGUUUAAUAUGAUCAUUAAAGAUUAAUUCUAACCAAAAAUCAUUAUUCCCCAACGAAGGCUGACAUUUUGAAUUUAACCGGAGUUUUCCGAAAGGCACUACCAAACAACAUUUAACACAAAGUAUCUGUGUGAUUUGUAUUUGGGCAUGUUCUGCCAUUUUAUUUUACUCUUUUGUAUUUACCUCAACACUCGCAAAACCAAACUGUCUUUUUUUAAAGAAGGUGUUGUGUUUUCAACUGUACACUGACAGGUUCUACUUUAACAAAUAAGUUGCUAUAAGUGAGCCCUUGCAGGAAAUUGACAGGCUGUCUCAGUUGUACAAGAUUAACAUUUACUAUUUUGUCAAAUGCUGAAGUGGUUCAGAAUAAAAGAUAAAAAGAUAA